AUGCCGCACUGUGGGGCUGAGGAUGCACAGGGGUCUCGCCUGCGGCGGGAGGGCUACACGGUGCAGGUGAACGUCAACGACUACCUGGACAUCUACUGCCCGCACUACAACGCCUCGGUGCCUGAGCACCGGCUGGAGCAGUACGUGCUCUACAUGGUGAACGCGGAGGGCUACCGCACCUGCAACACCAGCCAGGGCUUCAAGCGCUGGGAGUGCAACCGGCCCCACGCGCCCCACAGCCCCAUCAAGUUCUCGGAGAAGUUCCAGCGCUACAGCGCCUUCUCGCUGGGCUACGAGUUCCGCGCGGGGCAGGAGUACUACUACAUCU